AUGAAUUUUAAUAAUUUUGGUAUUAACAAAUGCAUAGUAGAAGCAUUCGAAAAAAUGAAUUUCAAGAAACCUUCGUUAAUUUAAUAAAAGGCUAUUCCAUCAAUAUUGUAAAAAGAAGAUGUAAUUUGUUAAGGAGAAGCUGGCACUGGAAAGACAUUAUGUUUUUUAGUGUAGGUGUUAUAAUUUGGACUUGAAAUAUAAUAAGAUGCUUAGGAAAGAAAAGCUAGGAUUCAAUAAUCCUUAGUUGUUGAUAAUACAAUUUAAAAUUUUGAGAAUCCUUUACCAUAUGCAUUAAUAAUCGUUCCUACAAGAGAAUUAGCCAUAUAAAUUACAGAUAUUUUAACAAAAAUUGUAAAUAAAUUGGAAGGAGUAGAAAAAGAUUAUUUUUAAUCUCAUUUAUUUAUUGGAGGAUUACCUGUAGAACAAGAUAGAGAUGUUCUAAAAACAAGAAGAUGUACUAUAUUAAUAGGUACAGUUGGAAGAAUAAUGUAAAUGAUUUAAGAAAAAUUAAUGAAUUUGUGCAAUAUAAAAUUGUUGGUAUUAGAUGAAGCAGAUAAAUUACAUGAAAAUUAUACUUUUUAACCACAUUUUAAGAAAAUAUUGGCAAAUAUUGUAGGUAGGAAUUAAGAUUAAAAUAAACCUUAAAUAUUAUGUUUUUCAGCAACAUACCCUUCUAAAAUAAUUGGUUUAAUAUAAUUAUGUUUGAGUAAUCCUAAAUUAAUUAAAUCAAAUGAAGAAAUAUGUUUAGAGAAUCUAACAUAAUUUUAUAUUAAAUUAAAUUUAGAUGACGAAAAUAAAUCAAAAUACCAAUCAAAAACUGAAGCAAUUGCUAAAACAAUGAAAUAGCUAUCAAUCAAGUAAACUAUAAUUUUUUAUAAUGACAAAGUUAGAGGAGAAAAUCUAUUUAUGGAUCUUAAGGCUGAAGGUUUUAAUCCAGUACUUAUACAUGGAGAUUUAACUUAAUCGGAUAGAAUAAAGAUGAUGCAUUAAUUAAAAAGAAACAAGGCAAAUUUGAUUAUUUCAACAGAUUUAGUAUUAAUUUUAAUUUAUAUUUACAGCUUUCUAGAGGAAUAGAUGUAGACACUUUAGAUUUAGUUAUUCAUUUUGAUACACCUUCUUCUUAUGAAACAUAUUUACAUAGAAUUGGUAGAACUGGUCGUUUUGGAACUUUUGGAAUGUCUUUAUUAUUAGAAUAAACUAAUUAUAAAGAUGUUUAAGAAUUUAUAGAAGCAGAAAUUCCAAAUUUGAAUAAAAAAUUAGAUGAAAAACAUUGUAAUAUGAUUGAAAAAAAAGAAUUUUAUGCUGAAUUUUUAAAUGGUAUUUCAGAUUGGAAAUAAACUAAUUACAAGUUUUAUGAUGAAAAUAAAUUUUAAUAUUAUGAGGAUGAAUAAAAAGAUAAAGAUGAAAAUAAUAAUUUUGAAAAAGAGGAGAUUGUAAUUAGACCUAGAAAAUAAAAAAAAAUAUAAGAAAAUGAUGAUAAUAAAAAUUAGUAAUAAUAAUAAGAAUAAUAAUAAUAAUAAUAAUAAUAAUAAUAAAUGGAUGUAGAAGUUUAAUAAUAAGUAUAAAUCAAAUAAAAUUAAUUAAUUAAAUUUAAUAUCAAUGAAAUUAAAGAUAUUUUAUAAUGUAAAUGUUGUAGAGAGUUUUAUUAAUAAUUAAAAUGUUUAAGUAAUGAAUUAGAUUAAUAUUUUAAAUGA